AACAAAAUAAAUCAUAAACUCGUAUGUAGCUGUUUAUAUUUUCUCUUGUGAAGUCAUCGUGGAAAUAUCGCUGUGCGUUAUUACAUGUUUUAAUUAAAUUGAGUGAUUUUUUUCUGUAGGCUAAGAAUUCUAAAAAUAAACUCGAAAAUAUUUCAUUCAUUACGUGCUUUGCAAACGCACAUCCAAGGAAAUCGAUAUUUUCGAUAUAAACAGCUUAUUCGUGAUUCAGUGUCGAUCCCAUCUCAUUGCAUUCAAUCGGGAAAAAGUAAAAUUCCAUCUUUUUAAAAUCUUUAAAACAAAAUAAAAGAAAAAAGUGAUAAAGAAUUGCUUCUGAAGCGGUAAGAAGAUAAAGCAGGAACUUUCGAGCAAUAUAUUAUCAGCACAAUGGAUAUCAUAAACACAACGAAAAACAUUCAGUGGUCAAAAGUGGCUUUUGAUAUUCAAGUGAUGAUGAACGAAACGAUUGUUAAGACCGGUGCAUUUGUCAGUGAGAAGGUCUGGGGAAAUAACUUCUUCCAAGCAACAUUCAUCUCAGUAUUGUUCCUUACUGCCUAUUGGAGCAUCAUUUAUUUAGACAGCUCUCAACCUGGUGUGAAUCCACCAUCACCGUUCUCUUCAAUUCAAAGGAAAAAAUCUCAUUACCAACGGCAAGCACACUUCCAUAUGAAUUAUCUACUCGGUGCAAUCAUUUCCGUCCUUCUCUUUCUCUCCAUUUUCUUCAAUAUCUUUUAAUCUUGAAUGUUUAAUUAACUUAAUGACCUCAUCAUUGCAAUCUAGGAUAAGUUCAGCCAUGGUCACAAAAAAAUCCAAUUUAAAAGUCGAUCAAAUUGGAAAUUUUGUUGCAUCUUUUUGUAUUUAUUUAGAUUUAAAGGCACGAAGCGACACAUUUAAGGGGUUCCUGGUCCAAGCUAGGAAGCCAUUACCAACAGAUUUAUUUAUUGUCCUAUCUCGAAACAUAUUUUGCUACAAUGCAUGUUAGGAAAUAGUAUUUAUUAUGAUAAACAUUUUAAAUUGUGCCAUUAAUCAAAUAUUUACAACUAACUUCAUUUUCCUGUUGAGUUCAAAAAGCCAUUAAAAUGCUAAAAAUAAAUAUUUAUUAAAAUGGAACCAAAAUGUCACUUUUAUUAGAAUAGAAAGCACAAAACAGCACAUUAACUUAAUUAAAAUGAUUUCAAUAAAAUUGUACCAGAAAUUUGCG